AUGGAUAAGGAAUGGAUCCAUCUUCCUUCAAGGCUUGUACCCGAGUAUGAAGAAGGGGUUCAAAAAUUUCUUACACAAGCUCGAAACUAUGCCAAAACACGUGAAGUAAUCUUAUGUCCUUGCAAACAUUGCAAAAAUAAGAAGUAUAUGAAAUUUGACCAAGUGUACGAUCACUUAAUUAUUAAUGGAUUCAAUCCUUCUUACACAAUUUGGGUCUUCCAUGGUGAAACUUAUACUCCAAAUUUUCAAGGUCAAAGUAGUUCAAGAGGAGUUCAGGAAGAGGAGGAUGAAACUAGAGAGGCAUAUAACUUAUAUAAAGAUGCCUUUGCCUUUGAUGAAAGCGUUGACCACACUAUGUCUGAGGCAAGAGAUUAUGAAUUUGCUGAUUUAUUAGUAGAUGCAGAAACUCCUCUCUUCCCUGGUUGUACAACUUACACGAAGUUGUCAGCAAUCGUUACAUUAUACAAUUUCAAGUCUACAAAUGGUCACACUGACAAUAGUUUCAAUGAGCUCCUUAAGAUCUUAGGUGACAUGCUUCCAGAAAAAAACACGCUUCCAAAGGAUGUUUACUCAAUGAGAAAGUUGUUAAAACCAUUUGAUUUAGGAUAUGAGAAGAUUCAUGCAUGCCCAAAUGACUGUUGUCUAUUUAGAAAGGAGCUUAAAGAUUUGGACUCAUGUCCAAAGUGUGGUUCUUCAAGAUGGAAGGUAGACAAAGUCACCACCAAAGUUUGUAAAGGAGUUCCUGAAAAGGUGCUACGAUAUUUUCCUGUGAUACCAAGAUUGAAAAGGAUGUUUAAAUCAGAACAAAAGGCUGAAGACUUGAUUUGGCAUUCCAACCAUAAAAGUCAUGAUCAUAUGAUGCGUCAUCCAGUUGAUUCUAGCUUUGGAUCAAAUCAUAGAAGCCGCCUUUUGCAUCGGAUCCUAGAAAUCUCCGGCUUGGUCUUGCAACAGAUGGAUUCAACCCUUUUGGUGAUCUUAGUUCUAGAUAUAGUUGUUGGCCAGUUAUUUUAG